AAUUAGAAUACACAAUAUUCUAAUUUUUUGAGACAGUCCUGUGUAUAUAUACAGGACUGUCUCAGGAAAUUAGAAUACACAAUAUUCUAAUUUCCUGACUGUCUCAGGAGACAGUCCAGUAUAUUACUAUUUUCAUUUGACUGCAACCAGGAAUGACACAAGAGCCUAUAAAAAGGUGUUUAAUGUCUGACCGCUUGUGUUGCCUCAUGAUUCACGAAAAAUAUGCUUUGCUUUAGCAUUUUAAUGCAUCCCAGGCUUUAAUGCAUCGUGAUGCAUUGCCGAAUCGAACCGAAUCGAAUCGUGGCCCUCUGAAUCGAAUCGAAUCGAAUCGAAUCGUGGCCCUCCGAAUCGUAAUCGAAUCGAAUCGUGAGGGCAGUGCCGAUGCACACCUCUAGUUACAAUGGUGCCGAAACCCGGGAUCGGCAGCGAAGGUUUCAGGGGGUGAGUGUAACAGGUACACACAGAUUCGUUGUUUAAAGGGCAACUGAGGAGCUUUUCAGAUUUCGCUCUUAAGUGUUUUACUCAGUUGAAUUGUAUUAAAUGCAUCAUUCGCUCUCUCAAAAAGGCACAUUAAAAAAAUAAUAAUAAUUGACCACGUAGUUUUUGAGUUAUGGCCAUAGCAACACCAUAGCAACGAGGGACACGCCGUCCUGCCGACCGCUACCUCAUGACGUAACUUCCAGGAGGCCUCGCCACCAAUCUGAACACGGAAAUAUAGCACCACGCUCUCCUCGCCAUAUAUUGCAAACAUUUUCUGGGUUUUACUCGCGGAAUUUGUCAUGCCAUCUCGAUGUGUAGCGAUGAAUUACUCACAGGAAGACUCGAGACUCUAGGAGUGGUCCAAAAAAACUUCUCCUGCAAAGGUUUGGACUGUUUUUGUUAGCAUGCAUACAGGUCCCCAAUCGGCUCAUUGUUUUCAUCAUUUCAGCCACGACAGCUUUGAAAACCUACAACAAUGCAACCUUGGUUUUACAAAGACGAAGCCAAACAUAAAAAAUUAAGUGGCGGAAACCCUCAACACGAUGAAAAAAAGCAUUGCAAGUCAGUCGCCACCCAGUUUCCCAAAAUCAAGAGGGAGUGGGUCGAGUCAUAUGAUAACCCAAGUGAUGCGGCGUCCAGCGAUGACGACUGAAGAGAUCCUAUGAGGCCUGCCAGAUGCUAAAUUUCUUCCGUCUGCGACAUCAGAUGACGACGACUUAGGAGAAAUAAAUAAAAGUGGUGCCAGCAUAUUACAAAAGUGUUUGAGGUAUGAUGCCGAAAAUGCGCCUGGUCUCUACCUGUGGGCAUAUCCUUUCAGAGCAAUAGAUUCAUACUACUUCCAGGAGUCUCAGUCAAGCUUUGUGAGCUAAGCUUUAAGGACUUUUCAGGUCUGUGAAAGCAGAAAAGGAUUAUACAGUGAUGCUCGGCAGACAAGACAAUCUUCUGGAGCUACAGCCGCAGACAGAAUGCCUGCGAUGUGGGAGCUUACUGGAAUGGUCAGAGGAACACCGGGUCCUCCGGGAUUGUUCAUGCUGUUCUAUAGAUGAUCACAUACUGCAGAAUGUUAGUAUUGACCAGAAGAGAAGCAGAAUCCUUUGGGCAGCUGGAAAUGUUGGGGACAUUGACUUCAUUGGCACCUCCAAGACUAAAGGAAAGUUCAUGAGGGUGCAGAGCAAUACCGACCCCGCGUAUGUCUUCCAGAUGCUGACAGAGGAGUGGGGACUAGCUCCUCCGCAUCUUGUAGUUUCACUUGUGGGAGGGGAUGAGCUUGCUCAGAUGAAGCCUUGGCUUAGGGACAUCCUCAGAAAAGGUCUUGUGAAAGCUGCACAAAGCACAGGGGCAUGGAUUUUAACCAAUGGCCUUCGAUUUGGCAUCACCAAGCACUUGGGUCAAGCUGUACGUGAUCACUCCUUGGCUAGCACUUCUGCAAAUGUUCGUGUGGUGGCCAUUGGCAUCGCACCAUGGAACAUGAUCCACAACCGAGAAGCACUACUCCGCACCAAGUUCGGUGUGCCAGCAGUAUACAAGCCACAAGACUUGCCCCAUGGGUCAGUUUAUUCUCUGGACAGCCACCACUCCCACUUUGUACUUGUGGAAGAAGAUCCAAACAGACCCGAAGCCACCAGCGAAAUAAGAGUGAAGCUGCUCAAAUACAUCUCUCUUCAGCGCACUGGCUAUGGGGGUGCAGGAAGUUUUGAGAUACCUGUUCUAUGUCUAUUGGUCCAUGGUGAACCACAAAUACUUAAGCGGAUGUAUAAAGGCAUUGGCAAUGCAACACCAUGGCUUAUUCUAGCAGGCUCAGGAGGAGUGGCUGACAUCCUCGUCACUCUCAUGAAUAGUGGCUGCUGGGAUACAGACAGUGUUCAUGAGCUGUUGCUGGACACCUUUCCAAACGCCUACCACAGCACGGACAUAAGAAACUGGGUCAAGCUGAUUCAGAAAAUACUGGAUCAUGGACAUCUACUCACUGUCCAUGACCCUGAAACUGAGAGCUCUGAGCUGGACACAGUCAUUCUCAAGGCUCUUGUCAAAGCUUGUAAGAGCCAAAGUCAGGAAGCCCAAGAUUUUCUUGAUGAAUUGAAGCUGGCUGUUGCCUGGAACCGAGUGGACAUUGCCAAAAGUGAAAUCUUCAAUGGAGAUGUUGAAUGGAAGGCGUGCGACCUUGAAGAGAUGAUGAUGGAUGCACUUGUCAAUGACAAACCAGACUUUGUACGUCUAUUUGUCGACAAUGGUGUUAACCUGGGCGAGUUCCUCACCUAUGGACGUCUACAAGAGCUUUACUGGUCCGUUUCAGAGAAGAGCCUCUUGCAUAACCUACUUCUGAAAAAAUAUGAGGAAAAGCAACGUCUACUUGGUACUGCAAGGACACCCGGGCCUCCUGGGCAGCACACGUCCGAGCAGGGCGAGCGGAAGCCCCGUUUUACUCUUUAUGAGGUGGCCAAAGUUCUCAAAAACUUUCUUCAUGACUCCUGCAAAGGCUUUUACCAAAGGAUUCCCACAGAGAAGCCAGCAAAAGGUCGACUGUUCCACAGCCAGAAGAACCUGGCUGAAUUGGAAGAACGUUGCCAACAUCCUUGGAGGGACCUUUUCCUCUGGGCUGUUCUUCAGAAUCGACAGCAGAUGGCUAACUACUUUUGGGCCAUGGGCCCUGAGGCAGUUGCUGCGGCAUUGGCAGGAUGCAAGAUUCUGAAAGAGAUGGCAAGACUUGAAUCUGAGGCUGAGUCUGCCCGUAGCAUGAAGGAGGCCAAGUACGAACAGUUUGCCCUUGAUGUUUUUGGAGAGUGUUACUCCAACUGUGAAGACAGGGCUUAUGCAUUGUUAGUAAGGAGAACACAAUGUUGGAGCAGAUCUACAGUGCUCAACCUGGCAACUGAAGCUGAUGCCAAGUCCUUCUUUGCCCACGAUGGAGUUCAGGCUCUUCUGACAAAGAUUUGGUGGGGAUCAAUGAAAACAGACACAGCCAUCUCUAAGCUUGUCGUGUCUUUCUUCUGUCCACCUCUCAUUUGGACUCACCUUAUAAAGUUCUGUGAUGAGGAGCUAGAUAAAAGGAACAGUGAUGAAGCGUUUGUGGAACUGGACAAUUUGGACACGGAGAAGGUCUUACUCUUAACAGAUGAAGAUGGUCCGUCGGACUCUUCCCCUGGCGCCCCAGCAGAUCAGAGCUGUGCAUCCGUGUGGUGGCGGUUCUUACUCCGUCGCUGGCGUCGCUUCUGGAGUGCCCCUGUCACUGUGUUCCUUGGUAAUGUCAUCAUGUACUUUGCCUUCCUGUUCCUCUUCACCUACGUGCUCCUGCUGGACUUUCUUCCACCGCCUCCCCUUGGUCCUGGAGCUCCUGAGAUAAUGCUCUACUUCUGGGUUUUCACCUUGGUCCUGGAAGAACUUCGUCAGAGCUUCUUUUCAGAUGAAGAGAUGAACAUCUUAAAGAAGUUUAAACUCUAUGUGGAGGAUAACUGGAAUAAGUGUGACAUGGUUGCCAUCUCUCUAUUUGUCGUUGGCGUUUUAUGCAGGAUGGUUGGUGACACUUACGAGGCAGGGAGGACUGUUCUGGCAAUAGACUUCAUGGUAUUCACACUACGGUUGAUCCACAUCUUUGCCAUUCAUAAGCAGUUGGGGCCAAAGAUCAUCAUUGUGGAAAGAAUGAUGAAAGAUGUCUUUUUCUUCCUCUUCUUCCUGAGUGUGUGGCUCAUUGCAUACGGGGUGGCUACUCAAGCUCUUCUCCAUCCUAAUGACCCCCGGAUAGACUGGGUCUUUCGCAGAGCCUUAUAUCGCCCCUAUCUGCACAUUUUUGGCCAGAUUCCUUUAGAAGAAAUAGAUGCUGCUCGGAUGCCUGAAAUAAACUGCACCAACGACUCAGAGGAUAUUAUCAAAGGCCUACAGCCACCAUGUCCUAAUAUCUAUGCCAACUGGCUUGUAAUCCUUCUUCUGGUCAUCUUUCUUCUUGUGACCAAUGUCCUCCUACUCAACCUGCUCAUUGCCAUGUUUAGCUACACAUUCCAGGUUGUACAGGGCAACACUGAUAUUUUCUGGAAGUUCCAAAGGUACAACCUGAUUGUGGAGUAUCACAGCCGCCCAGCACUGGCUCCACCUUUCAUUAUCAUCAGCCACCUCUCUCAGCUUCUCCUUAGCCUUGUCAAACAGCCUGAGUCUAAGCAGGAGCAUCUUGAGCGAGAGCUACCAGCUGGGCUUGACCAGAGACUGAUAACAUGGGAGACUGUACAGAAAGAGAACUACCUGGCCAAACUUGAGCGCCAACACUGGGAGAGCAGCGAGGAGAGACUUAAGAGUACAUCCUCAAAGGUCCAGAGUUUGCUGAGGAUAAUCUGUGGGGUUAAGGACCAAGAGAAACGACUUGUAUCCAUGGAGGCUCAAAUCAGAUACUGCGGCGAGGUGUUGUCCUGGAUGGCAGAGUGCUUUGCUCUAAGCACUCUAAAAUGUGGAAAAGAGGCUCCAACUCCGCCAAGCUGCAAGCUGAGUAAUGGUGCCGAACAAAGUCAACCGAAGAAAGGAACCAAAUGAGCUAAAGGUUGUUGUUAGCUUACAAAUAAUUUUAAAAAAAAGUGUAGUAUGAAAAGGAGAUAGUGAAAUUAGGAUUAAAUCAAAGUCUUAAGGUGACCUUGCAUGGAAUCCCAUCUUUUUCCUCAAUGUUUCAUGGGGAAAAUGCAUCAAUAUGUUUAACCGAAUAGAAGUUUUUUUAUCUAUGUUGUUUGAAAUUUGAUUGCAGUCGCUUUUGUAAGUCAAACGGCUUUGCAUACAAGCUGAUUAGAAAUUGGUGGAGAUGUGAUGUUACACUGUGUGUCAUGAUUCAAGUACUUGAAGGGGCAAGCAAAAAGGACAAACUAUCAUAGCUUUUUAAAAGAUAUUACAGGGAUUUUCAACACAAAUAGUCCUUGGGAAACCUGAUAAAACAACAACAAAGUUAAUGGAAAAAUAAUGUAAAAGAAAAAUGCAGGGUCACCUUUAAAGAUUAUGUGACAAAUUGAUUCUGACUUGAUGUUGAUAAAGUAUAAUUAGUAAAGUUAGACUGUUGCAUUAAGGCAUGACAUGUCUGUUACAGAUUGAAAAUUAAAAAUCUUGCAAAUGAGUAAUAAUCAAUAAAGCCUAAAAUGAUUAAACAAAUCUUAAAGGGUCUGCGCAGUGCAUUUAAAAUAAUAGUUUUCAGAAUAUAAUCCAGAUUUAUAUAAGCACGUGUACAGUAACAUU